UAUCUAAUUAACACAUGUUCAAGACUGCCAAUACUUUUUGUCUCUUCCGUCGCUCCAACAGGCAAGCCACGUCGUUACGCCUCGACGCCUCAGUGAGAGAUGACGGACACAGUGUCGGUCGACCAAUCCGGCAAAGAUGACUGGGCUGUGACUCGAUUGGGACACUCUCUUCAGUGGUUCGCACACCACCUUGGCUGCGCCGUGGCUCAGCCAGGCGGCCGUCGGGCUGGCCGUCCCGCUGACUGCACAACGCAGGCGCUGGGCUCUGAGGACUGUGGCUCACUUCCGAUGAUAAGGGUCGCGAAUCUCUCGGCUUUUUGUUCCUGAAUCGCCAAUUGCCACUCCAACUCGUUUCGUCCCCAGCAAUCAACACAUGAUGGCGUCGGACACAACCAACGUCGCCGAAGCCCCGAGGCGGAAAUGGACAGCAGCCUUCAGCAGGUCCGACAAGAAGCCGUCGCCCGCGCUGGUGCCAGUCUCCCACGAGACGCAGCUCCAACGCUACACCCCGCCGGGCGCGCUCGUGCGCAUCGGCAGCAGCAGCAGCAGCAGCCCCGACGACGCAGAAGACUCGCCAGCCAGCGCAACCUACACGCUCGUCGUCGCCAACCCGGAGCCAGCGGCAACCACCACCACCACCACCACCACCAUCACCACCGCCGCCGCCGCCGCCAGCACCCCAGCGGCCGCGCCCAACUUCCUCGAGUGGCAGCGCUUCGACGAAGCGAUCCUACCGCCGCGCAGCAACCCGCGCAAGUCGCGGCUGGAGCGCAUCUUCGCGCCGCUGGACAAGCUCAAGGCCGAGCUGCCGGGCGGCGUCAGCGUCGAGGGCUUUGGCGGGCUGGCCGAGGCCGUGCACAACGUCUUCCACACGGCCCAGCGCCUCGACUUCAUGCAGGCCGAGCGCACGCUGCACCUGCCGCAGCCGCUCCCCCACCCGCCGCUGCCGCGCCGCGAGCUCGAGCGCCUCGAGAACGAGCUGUUCGACCUCUCGCGCUACACCCCCGGCGGCGGACAGGGCGACUACCUCACCGCGCUGACGUGGGCCGAGGAGGGGCUCGCCGGCAGCAUCACGCUGUUCGCGGUGCAGUUUGAGGACGACGGUGACGAUGCUGCCCCCGUCGGCGUGCGGCCCGUCGGCGUGCGGCCCGUCGCCGCCAUGCGCGACGUGCCCGUGCCGGUCCUGGUGCAGAUGCGCACGCACGAGCGCGUGCGCCGCAAGGCCGUGUUCGUGCCCGCCGACGACGGCCGCGACGGUCGGCUCAAGUGGCGCGCGAACCCCAGCGAGGGACCCAACUAUGCUACGCUACCCCGUCGCCAGCGGGAUCGUAGCGCUAAUGCCGGCGGCGGCGACGGUGGCGAUGUCCUCGCGCCGCCGUCGCCGCUGCCGUCGCCCCCCGCGCGCCGCCCGUCGCUGUCGCCGUCGCCGCGCAGCCAGAACAGCAGCCACAGCCGCAGCCACAGCCGCAGCCGCACGCGGCUGGCAGACGGCGACGCGGUGCGCGCGACCAUCCCGCAGUUCGUGGCGCUGCUGCACGCGAGCCGCGCGAUCCUCGAGGACGUGCAGUCGGGGCGCGCCGAGGUGGUGGCGGCCGGUGCCGACAGCCAUGGGGAAGUGCUGACGGUGAAGCUGGCGCGGGCGCCGCGGCCCAACGCGCACGACGGCGACCUUGUGCACGUCGUCGUGCUGAUGCCGCAUGAUGCUGGCUGGACCGACGAGCCGUUCCUGUGGACCGACGGCGAUGGGCUGGCUGAGAUGCGCGCCCCGCGGUUCUGGGACUUGAUUGAGCGCGAGCCGGAGAGGCCGAGGCCGAGGUCGGGGUCGAGGCCCGGGUCGGGGUUGAGGUCCGGGUCGGGGCGUGCCAGCGGUGGGGGCAGUGGAAGGGCGAGUACGAGUGAUCGCGAGGUGGGCCGGACGAGGAGCCGGAGCCGGCACUCGCGCACGCGCUCUCCGACGCGGAGCCCGAGUCGACACCUCUCGCUGUUUUGAUUUCUACGUUAUUUUGGGACGUUGCUGGGUCAUUUGGAUGGAAU